GCAACCGGCCCUGCUCCGCUGCCCGCCGCCGCGCCCAGAGACCGAGUUGUUUGCUGAGCCGCCAAGGCAGCUUCCAGAAGCAAGGACCCCACCUCCCAUCCCAGACGAGAUGUCCAGCAAAGGCUCCGUGGUCCUGGCCUACAGUGGCGGCCUGGACACCUCCUGCAUCCUGGUGUGGCUGAAGGAGCAAGGCUAUGACGUCAUCGCCUAUCUGGCCAACAUCGGCCAGAAGGAAGAUUUUGAGGAAGCCAGGAAGAAGGCGCUGAAGCUUGGGGCCAAAAAGGUGUUCAUCGAGGAUGUCAGCAAGGAGUUUGUGGAGGAGUUCAUCUGGCCCGCUGUCCAGUCCAGCGCGCUGUACGAAGACCGCUACCUCCUGGGCACCUCUCUUGCCAGGCCCUGCAUUGCCCGCAAACAAGUGGAGAUUGCCAAGCGGGAGGGAGCCAAGUAUGUGUCUCAUGGAGCCACAGGAAAGGGCAACGACCAGAUUCGGUUUGAGCUCACCUGCUACUCUCUGGCCCCUCAGAUUAAGGUCAUCGCUCCCUGGAGGAUGCCCGAAUUCUACAACCGCUUCCAGGGCCGCAACGACCUAAUGGAGUAUGCCAAGCAACACGGAAUCCCCAUCCCGGUCACCCCCAAGAGCCCGUGGAGCAUGGAUGAGAACCUGAUGCACAUCAGCUACGAGGCGGGGAUCCUGGAGAACCCCAAGAACCAAGCUCCUCCAGGUCUCUACACAAAGACCCAGGACCCAGCCAAAGCCCCCAACAGCCCUGACAUCCUGGAGAUUGAGUUCAAGAAAGGGGUCCCCGUGAAGGUGACCAACAAGGAUGGCACCACCCACCGCACGUCCCUGGAGCUCUUCAUGUACCUGAAUGAAGUCGCGGGCAAGCAUGGCGUGGGUCGCAUCGACAUCGUGGAGAACCGCUUCAUUGGGAUGAAGUCCCGAGGUAUCUACGAGACCCCAGCAGGGACGAUCCUUUACCACGCUCAUUUAGACAUCGAGGCCUUCACCAUGGAUCGGGAAGUGCGCAAAAUCAAACAGGGCCUGGGUCUGAAAUUCGCCGAGCUGGUGUACACGGGCUUCUGGCACAGCCCUGAGUGCGAAUUUGUCCGCCAGUGCAUCGCCAAGUCCCAGGAGCGCGUGGAAGGGAAAGUGCAGGUGUCCGUCUUCAAGGGCCAGGUGUACAUCCUCGGCCGGGAGUCCCCGCUGUCCCUCUACAACGAGGAGCUGGUGAGCAUGAACGUACAGGGCGACUACGAGCCAAUCGACGCCACCGGCUUCAUCAACAUCAACUCCCUCAGGCUGAAGGAAUAUCAUCGCGUCCAGAACAAGGUCACCGCCAAAUAGACCGGCUGACAAUGAGGAGGAGCUGGGCCUCCUCACUUCGCCCAUCUCCCAAGUACCGGCGCUAAUUGUUGUGAUCAUUUGUAAUUGUGACUUGUUCUCCCGGCUGGCAGCGUAGUGGGGGUGCCAGGCCCCAGCUUUGUUCCCUGAUCCCCUGUAGCCUGCAAAAGCGGUCAGCCAAGGGAAGGUUGGGGGCAGCUACAAUGGGGAGCUGUAAAAUGACAAUUAAAAAAAGAUACAUUAGUUUUUUGUUUCU